AUGAUCGGCGAAAUGGACGCGGACAUGGUCGUAGGAUACUUCGGCGGCAAGAGCAUCCUCAUCACCGGCUCAACUGGGUUCUUAGGAAAAGUUCUCGUGGAGAAGAUACUCAGGGUGCAGCCUGAUGUCAAGAAGCUCUUCCUCUUGGUUCGCGCCCCCGACGUCGAAUCCGCAAAGCUUCGGAUUCAGACUGAGGUCACAGGGAGGGAGAUCUUUCUAGUUCUGAAAGAAAAACAUGGUAUGGGGUUCGACGAUUUCAUCGAAGAAAAGAUAUGCCCUUUGGCAGGAGACAUCAUGUAUGAGAACUUUGGACUAGACACUGCCAACCUGAGAGAAUUGUCCAAGGACAUAGACAUCAUCGUCAACAUAGCUGCGAUUACAAACUUCUCUGAAAGAUACGACGUGGCUUUCGAUGCUAACGUGUUGGGAGCGAAGCACGUGUGCGCAUUCGCAAGGAAGUGUACGAAACUCAAGAUGCUGCUUCAUGUUUCAACUGCCUAUGUAGCUGGUGAACAAGAGGGGCUAAUACUAGAGAAGCCAUUCUUGAUGGGUGAGACACUAAGGGAGGGCACACAUUUGGACAUCGAAUCCGAGUUAACUCUGAUCAGAGAGACCAGGCGAGAGUUGAAGGACAACUGUUCUUCGGAGAAGGCUGAGAGGAGAACCAUGAAGGAGCUUGGCCUCAAGAGGGCUCGGCAGUUUGGGUGGCCAAACACCUAUGUCUUCACCAAGGCAAUGGGGGAGAUGCUGCUGGGGCAUCUGCCAGGGGAGCUUCCCGUGGUCAUCCUCCGGCCGAGCAUCAUAACCAGCAUCCUCAAGGAGCCAUUACCUGGAUGGAUGGAAGGAAUCAGGUGA